GGCAUUUCUGACGUUUCUUGCAUUCUUACGUUGCCCUAAAAUCCAUUCAUUCAUAUCGAAUAUUUUAAUGGCUACCAUCUUAGUUGGAAGCCUCGAAAUGAUCAAUUACCCAACAAUCCAUUUAAAAUCUUUUCUUGGAUCCAUUUGCUAGUUUUAAAUAGAAUUGCUAGUUUUAAAUGGAGGUAGACACCAGUGACGACGAAAUAAGUAUUGGAGAUGGUGAAAUUAGCUUUAAUGAGGACGAUGACAGUAAACGCUCUGUGACGACCGCAUUUAAAGAUUCCCAGGAUGAAGAUAAGGAAAAUCAAGACACUGCCCGGAAGGUUGGGGAGGUGGUGCACCGUACAAGGAGCUCAGAUAGGAGACUGAGGAAGCGACGCAAGCCACCAACAGUUGAAGAAGUAAGUUCCUCUGAUGAGGAUAUCUCACUAUUAGAAACCCUCCGAGAAGUGAAACUUAACAAGAAACGAGUGCCAGUGAGGAUAACAGGUCACAAAACAUGCUCAGUGGACCGGUCCUCCUCUCUCUCAUCUGGUAACCCAACAAAUCACCCUCCAAACAGUGAGCCCUCUACCUCCUCCCCAGUAGUCCACUCUUCACCCUCCAGACCUAUCCUGGACCUCUCCAACGAGCUGUUACAAGCUAUAUUGGUCCGGGUACCUGGAAGGGAUGUGGGCCAGGUGUCACGUGUGUGCGGUACUUUCUACCGGUUUUAUCAGGAGAAAUGGGUCUGGAGGGACUUGUGUCGCAAUGAACUCGGUCUUGAGGUUUCUGAAGCAGACGACGCUAUGCAAGUGUAUAAACACGUUCACUUCCACUAUGGAGCACUUCAAGGCUACUUCAUGAGGUGUAGUGUUCCUGGCGGGGGUCUACUUCAGGUAGCGUUCAAAGGCAGGUGUUUGGUAGCGACGGAUAUACAGAUCGAUAGAUUCAACAAAGAUAGUCUCGGAGGUAAUCCAAUUGAAACUGAGAUAUUCUCUGUAAAACUGGACAAAGUCUCGAACUUUAGUAAACUCAGUCGACAGAAUAAGAUAGUAGCGGACUGCAAAUUGCCGAGUACUGGAAGAACCGGUCACAGAUGUGAGAUCUCAGUUAAGCGGUUCAACAAGAGGAAGCUCGACGAGAACGCACCUCGGACUCCACAGCCUGGCUUUUCUAUCCAGUGUCAUGAUCAGAAGCACAAAGACCACACAGAAUCUCACCUUAAGAACUGGGUCAACAAAUCGCGAGUAAUAGACCAGGGUAUUUUGCAGAACAACCAAAUAGGAUUCACUGUUCACGACCUUCUGGACAAACUGACCAUCUCCCUGGCUUACGGGUUCUCCUACGUGGCCCUGAAGGAACAGAGCAUGUUGCCUGCUGUAACGGAGUUUGAUCUACAAGAUACCCUGAUAAAGCACGGAUUGUACGUGGGAGACUUCAUGCCCCACAGUGGGUACCAGAUAGUUAACAUGACUUACGAGAGCUUUGAGAGACUGCCUUAUCUGCUGUGCAGGAAAGUUACGUCAGAUGGCCACGUGACUACCGGACUUGUUGCUCUCAGAGCUAAGAUGGAGAGUAUCAAGGUUAUUGAUUGGAAUUGGAAGAAAAAGCCAAGUAUUCAGGAGGUGGAAAAGAAGGAUCACGUGACUUACAUAGAAUUGGACGACCUGAAGAAUCGUCCUCCGCAGACGUUUCUGUUGCCUAGAAACUGCGAAUGCGCGGUGAAGCCUCCUGGUGUUUGUCAGACAGUGUUCCGGGGCGAGAUGAUGGUAAAUGAUGGCGACCCUCAUUGGAAGUGGCAGUGGGCAGAGGGUUUCGUAAUUGUGUUCAGUGAGGAGCAGUUCGGUUUCCUUAAUUUAAGGAGUAAUUACUUGCACAUGUUCGGUAGGAUGAAACUUUAUAACUAACUCUUGACGUGGAUGUUUAACUAUCUUGAUUUACGCGCUGUUGAAUCGCAAUUUUAAUCAUUCGCAAUUUUAUUAAUGGUCAGAAUUUUUACAUUUGAAAUUAAACAAAAUAUAAUGCAUUGGAAUUGUUCAGAAUUGUUUUUAUCGCCAGUUAUAAUUUCGUACCAACUAAAUCAAAUUCAUAAUAAUAUAUAAUACAUGUACUAUCCCUACAGCUGCAGCUGUGUCGACAUUUUUUUACCCCUGGUCCCACUCGAGUUUAGUCUAAACUUUGUGAUAGUUUUCAAUUUACAUUUUUUGUUGUAACAUUAAUGUAUUUGUAUUAUUUAAACAGACAAUUUGAUGGUUUUGCUAAUCAAAUUUAAAUGAAGCGGUUUCAUUGAAAUCGUUUGUGAAUGCAUAAAAAAUGACAAUUUUGUUAUUUUACUUGCAUGGUUAGCUAUAAUCAGUGAUAUUGAUUUAAUAAUAUCAAUAUUACCUUAAACCCUCUAACAAUAUAACUGUGAUAUGACUUCUAAUUAAUUACUUAUUCAACGUUUUUAACCAAUUCAUAGUUUUUACAAUUUAAAUCAAUAACUUAAUAUAUUGCAAUCGCA